AGCAGCAAUCAUCUCAUGUCAACCAGGGUAGUCCAGAUGCGAGAUAUACGGCGAUUAUUGAGGGAGGGAGUGACGUUUCAGUUCGGGCUGAAUAGGAGAUUGAAAACCGCGGGUCAGCGCCAAGCCACCGGAAACAAUGGCUGACGCAGAGCAAGGUCUGGUGGGCGCCGAUGCCAACGCUGAGGCGCCUACUUAUGGGUCGGCCGACACCUCAGCCACGGAAAAGCCACCACCAUUUGACGAAGUGCCAGGAGAUGAACCUCCAUCUUAUUCCUCCGUGAUGCAGGAGCUGAAAGAUGCCAAGAAGACUUCGAGUGGUACUCUGGAUUUCAUCACCAAGAUACUGACGAUACUCAUCAACACAAUUGCAUUUACGAUCCUGAUGGCAGUAAUACUCAUAGUUCCAAUCGCAAUGGUCGUCAUGGGUGCCGUGCACAUCGACGACUGCCCCGUGCAGAGGCUGAUCCCGAUCUUCCUGAUCGUCUCCGGCUCCGUCUACAUCGUCAAGACCAUCUUGGAUCUGGCCGUGAGGUACCGGAGACGCAAGGAGGGCGGAGCGGCCGAGAGCUCCUACCUCAGGGAGAACUCCGUCAGCCGCCUGUUCGCUUGCAUCUUGCUGGUCUUCUUCAUCCUAGGUAAUGUCUGGGUGUAUGCCAACUUCCGUCCUGACGACGAUCCCACCAGCCCCCGUUACUGCUACCCGCCUCUCUACUACUUCGCCUUCUGGAUCAUCACAUUGGCGUACAUCUUCUUCAUCGUGAGCUGCUGCUGCGCUUGCUGCACUAUCACCCUGCUGGGUAUCAGUCUGGCCACAUAGGCAUACACUCCUUGCCAGAGUUGAUUAGCCCGCAAGCAAAAGCGCAACAACCACAACUUGGUUUUAUUUGUUUAAUUCAAACGGAAGGUGCUUAUAUGAGCCCCUAUUUCCUCGUAUCAUGCCAUCUUACAACGAUUUAUUGAUGGUACAUGUAUUUUAUUGGAUAAACGAUACAGGCUAUUGUGCUGCAACCCAAAAAGUUGGAGCUUUUAAGGCUGAUUAUUAUUAGCACUUGCAAUCUUUAAAUGUUUUAAGUUUAGUUGUGGCUGUAGAUACUGCUUUCUCUGUUAUAUUUUAAUCGUUAAGUGUUUUGUUACCAUGAUUUAAUUGUGGAGCUGCAUAAACAGGACAUACCAUAAGCAUGUACCGGUAUAUCAACCCAAGUAGGCAUAUACAGUAUAAUAAAUAUAAUGUAAGUAAACAUCGUUGUGGAUGGGUCGUAGAAUAGUAACAAUUGUAAUUAAAGGUGCUUGCUUGUUUGCUUGCUUAAUUAAACCAAUGUAUUAUUGUUCUAGUUCAUUCUAAGUUUGUUGAGUAAAGCAAUUGUCCUUGUUACCCGUUUGACGAGUAAAAUCCAUUUCUGCCUUUGGUAAUAUUAAGCAAUGUUAGUGCGGGCAAUGGCCAUUCUGCAUUCGGAUAUCAUGAAUAAAUGGCUAUUGCUAAACAUAGGAUGUUUCCAAUUUAUUAGGAAUAAUUAAUAAUGAAGUUAUGUUCACACUUCGCAGUGGUUUAUUUUUGAGAGACGAUUGCAAAAAUUCAGUACACGAGAGAUAAUAACGAUCAAUGCGUUAAUCUGUAUCUGUAUCUGUAUCACUCUCUGUACAAACACCUGGUAAGGUUGUCAUCGUACGUGGAACCAGUGAAUAAAAACGCUGACGGAGG